GCCAAACUCAAACUGAGCCCGGCCCGGACGCCGCUCGCACCAGUGCCGCGGUGCCGGCCUGUUGGGCGUUGUGCACAGCGGCGGGGCAGCGGUCCAGCAUGAGCCAGGUUCUGUUCCAGCAGCUCGUCCCGCUGCAGGUCAAGUGCAGAGACUGCGAGGAGAGGAGAGUGAGCGUUCGAGCGAGCAUCGAGCUGCAGUCCGUGUCGAACCCAGUGCACAGAAAGGAUUUAGUUAUUCGUCUGACUGAUGAUACUGAUCCAUUUUUCCUGUAUAACCUUGUUAUAUCUGAGGAAGAUUUUCAGAGCUUAAAAUUCCAGCAAGGUCUUUUGGUAGACUUCCUAGCUUUCCCGCAGAAAUUCAUAGACCUCCUCCAGCAGUGCAAGCAGGAGCAGGCCAAAGAGACCCCGAGGUUUCUGCUGCAGUUAGUUUCUCCAGCUGCUGUUCUGGAUAACUCUCCUGCCCUUUUAAAUGUGGUGGAGACAAACCCCUUUAAGCAUCUUACGCACCUCUCACUAAAACUGUUACCUGGAAAUGAUGUGGAAAUAAAGAAGUUUUUAGCAGGCUGUUUGAAAUGUAGCAAGGAAGAAAAAUUAUCGUUGACGCAGUCACUAGAGGACGUUACUAGGCAACUGAAUUUCACACAAAAGACGUUAUCAGAGAAGAUCCAAGAAUUAGAUAAGUUGCGGAACCAAUGGGCCGCCCACACAGCAGCGCUGUCGAAUAAGCACUCUCAGGAGCUGACCAGUGAGAAGGAGAAGGCCCUGCAGGCGCAGGUUCUGCACCAGCAGCAGCACGAGCAGCAGAAGAAGGACCUCGAAGCGCUCCACCAGCGCGGCGUCCAGCAGCUGCAGAGCAGGCUGUCGGAGCUGGAGGCGGCCAACAAGGACCUCACCGAGAGGCGGUACAAAGGGGACUCCGCCGUCCGAGAGCUGAAAGCGAAGCUCUCCGGAGUCGAAGAGGAGCUCCAGCGGGUGAAGCAGGAGGUCCUGUCGCUGCGGAGGGAGAACUCGGCCUUGGAUGCCGAGUGCCACGAGAAGGAAAAGCACGUCAAUCAGCUGCAGACGAAAGUGGCUGUUCUAGAACAGGAAAUCAAGGAUAAGGACCAGCUUGUUCUAAGAACAAAAGAAGCAUUUGAUACAAUCCAGGAACAAAAGGUGGUUUUAGAAGAAAAUGGUGAGAAAAGUCAGGUACAACUAGGAAAACUUGAAGCUACCAUAAAAUCAUUAUCAGCGGAACUUCUUAAGGCAAAUGAAAUUAUCAAGAAGUUACAAGGGGAUCUGAAAACUUUAAUGGGGAAGUUGAAACUGAAGAAUACAGUUACCAUUCAGCAGGAGAAACUCUUGGCUGAGAAGGAAGAAAAAUUACAAAAGGAACAAAAGGAGUUACAAGAUGUUGCACAGUCUCUCCGGAAGAAAGAGCAAGAGGUAUGCAAAUUACAAGAACAAUUAGAAGCUACAGUUCAAAAACUUGAAGAAAGCAAACAGCUUCUAAAAAAUAAUGAAAAGUUAAUAACAUGGUUAAAUAAGGAACUAACUGAAAACCAGCUGGUGAGAAGGCAGGACAUGCUGGGGCCCUCUGCCACCCCGCCUGUGCGCGCUAGCAGCGGCUCGGUCAGAAGUGGACUCUCCCCCAACCCUAACGUGGUCGAUGGCAGAGUGGCGUACCCAGCCUGCGGGGUUGGCUAUCCUGGCUCCUCUGCGUUUGCGUUCCAGAACACCUUCUCUCACCCCGCAGCUGCCAAAAACUCCAUCCACCCGGUUUCGGGACCAAAGGUCCAGUUUAACCUGCAUUGCCCCAGACCGAGCGGGUCCCCGGGGGAUGCGCCGCCCGGAGCGGCUGGGAGCGCGGCCUGCUCGGCUGACAAGGAGAAUGGUGAAAAUUUAGGGCUAGAGUCCAAAUACCUGAAGAAAAGGGAAGACAGCAUUCCUUUGCGUGGCCUCAGCCAGAACCUCUUCGGCGGCGACCCAGACCACCAGCGGGACGGCGCGCUGGGGGCCCUGCAGCCCCGCCCCAAACCGGCCGUGGGCACCCCCGCCCCCUCGGCGUACUUCCCCGGGCAGCCCCCCAGCACGUAGUCCUGUGGCCCCCCGCCCCCCCCCCCCUUAGCCAGGGCUGGACACUCGGGCUGGCGGCCGGCCCGGUGCCGGCAGCACGGAGGAGAUCCCCCGGGGGCGGGCGGGUGCCGUGGGUGCUCCGUGCGGCUGUCGCUGCCGGCGGGUUGUGUCGAGGAGCAGGUCUGUCCCCGGGGCGAGGCCGCCCGCCACCGCUUCAGUCCGCGCGUGCGCACUUCUCAGGACCUGCGGGGAAGGAGCGCCGGUGCCGGAGUCUUGUUAGACUGGUCCCUGGAGGUUCUUCCAAGUUCUAAGGCAAGAGGGGUCUUUGUGAGGGACGUUGUGACCAUAGUGACUCUGGGUGGAACUGCUCAGGCGCAGCAGGGGACCAAAGAGUGCUCAUAAUCCACGUAGUUUUCAUUAGCAGAGCAAGUCUGAAAUUUGCCACCUAAGAAUUAUGAGGGAAGUUGAUUAUCACCUCCUAACACGCCUGUUAUCGAUAAUUUAUAAUAAUGGGAUAAGUCCUAAAAUUGAAUGAAUUAUUCAUAGCAAGUCUUUUCCUUUCAAUUAGCUAUUAAGACUCUUGAGUGAUUUUGAUAAAUUUAUUAUAAAAAUAACUCGGACAGUGUAUUUACAUGACCAGAUGAAGUACAGUGUCUUCGUCAUUUGAGCUGCAAAGUUGGUAGGAUUUCAUGGCUUCCUACGCGUCUGUACUCACCUGCUUUUUCUUUCGUGUGGAUUUCUCGACACUUUUUUUAAUGCAGUUAAAUUUGUAUUAGUGGAAUUUUGUUUUAAAAAUUAGCACUAUACAAAAGAGCAUCAUGAAUAUACUUGUAUUUGCUUUUUAUCUCAAAAUGGGUUUAUUUUAAUGUUUGUUUAAUAAAGCAGGCAAAAAACAA